UGCAAUCAUUAAAGACUUGACUACAAAUCUCUCUCGAAUAUUUGGCAUAAAAUUGAUCUUUCUUUUUGAAAAAGUAACAAAGAGGUGAAGUAACGAUAGCUGUGUUGAAUUAUCGAUAUCCCAGUGCCAUCACCUGCAGCAGCUGCUUACCUCUUGUUGUGUAACUAAAACGCUUGGAUUUCUGAUUACAAGAUGUCGGCAAACGCUGCCCGUGGCUCUACGUCGCUGUUGAAGCGCGCCUGGAACGAGAUUCCCGAUAUUGUCGGCGGAUCUGCUCUGGCACUUUGCGGAAUUGUUAUGGCCACCAUCGGAGUGGCCAACUACUAUGCCAACGAUGGUGACAACCGUCGCUACAAGCUGGGAUAUGUUGUCCUCCGUCAUGACGAUCCUCGUGCCGACAAGGUGCGCAACGAUGAGGACGAUUAAACGAAUGGAGACAGAACAUGGGAUAGGAUCUUCGCCAGCGGGUAGUCUCAUUCUCAGCCUUCCUUUUUUUUGUUCAUGCUAAAGCUAAGUAAAAAAAUCUAAAUGUA